AGCACGUCAAAACUCACAAUGAAGGUAGCUUGGCAACGUUUGAUUCGAUUCGUCUCAACUGACGGGCGUCUUCUGCGUGGAGAGCCCAUCCUCCCAAGUCCCGACUUUGAUCUUGGAAACACGACUGAAGAGACGAAACUUAAGGCGCGUGUCAUCGAGGGAGAAGAUAUUUACGACACAACUGGUGCCACUCGUGUUACGGAUGAAGUGGUCACAGUCAAGACCUUAUUAGGACCCCUUGUUGCUAGCGACGUACCUAUCCUCAGAUGCGUUGGACUCAACUAUGCUACACACAUUCGUGAAGCUGGACGCAAGACACCACCUUUUCCUUCCAUCUUCUUCAAGCCUUCGACAACAAUACAUGACCACGGAGUCAACGUGGUGAUCCCCAAAGUCGCCCAGGAUGACCAAGCAGAUUACGAAGGAGAACUGGUCGUGAUCAUUGGGAAGGAUGCCAAAAAUGUCAGUGAGGCUGAAGCUCUCAACUAUGUUGCCGCAUAUACAGCAGGCAACGACAUUUCCUCUAGGAAAUGGCAGAGAGACCCGAAUCUUGCUGGCGGAGUACCGCAAUGGGGAUUCUCCAAGGGCUUCGAUACCUUUGCGCCCCUAGGCCCCGCCCUGGUUUCAAGCUCCGUGAUAACAUCACCCGAGUCGCUUCAUCUGCAGACAAUCGUCGACAAUGAUAUCCGACAGGAUGCAGGGCUUGACGACCUUGUGUUUUCUAUUCCUCGUUUAAUUGCACAUCUAUCCUCUGGAACUACACUGCAGAAAGGAAGUGUUAUUAUGACCGGUACUCCGGGAGGUGUUGGUGCGGGAUUGAAGCCACCGAAAUACCUUGUACCUGGAACGCAUAUGGAGGUCAAGAUUACCGAGAUUGGCACUCUCAAGAACGGCGUCGAUUAUGAGUAGUUGGGGAACGCUAGGUGGAAGAAUAAAUAGGC